AAUGAUUCAUUUUCAGGUUUUUUUAAUACUUGAUUCUGAUGGGACUCAUGCCAAGAAAUGUAUGAGAUCAGACCAAAUAGGACCAAAUGUGAAAUUCAUGGUCUCACCGGCCAGUCCAGUCCUGGGUUGAUGGCCCUUCUACCAGCAGUGCGCUUCAGAUCGCGACAGGCAAUAGCGGCAGGCGGCCGCCGUAGCGACCCUCCUCGAUCACAUGAUGGACUCUAGGAAUAACACUUUAUCCGGUUUGCCUCCCAUGUUUCACGCUAACUAAAUCCGGCAAAGCAAUCAAUACCUCUAACCUCACGACUGGGAGCUCUCUCCCCAGACCUCCAGCGCUUGAUAUUCCCCUCCUCCCCUGAAGUAUAACUCUUCUCUUUUGAAGCUUUCUAAUACUUUGUCGCCGUGAAAUACGCUUCGUAUGAGCACCUAUUGCUAAUGCUAGCCUCUUCCCAAUGCGUCACCUGUGACUGCAUGAUCACCCCUACCGCACUGAUGGUGACACCCCACUCUCCUAUCACAUUGUCUCCAACGGAGCCUUGACCGAGCGGACACUUUUCACCUUUUCCCUCGAGCGCCUCGUGAUCUCCAUGAUAUCUGACGAUUCGGAUGAGCGUGGCAUCAUGGAGGGGCCCUCCGAUCCGGAUGCGCAGGCUACCGUGACCGAUUUUAUCGACUAUACCGAAUACCUCCCUUCAGACCUCGUUCGUUCCCUGACCCUGAUUCGUGGCCUGGAUGAGACCUACCUGGACGCUGCAGCCUCCGUACACGAGCUUACAAAGAUCUAUGGACAACUACCCAAUCUGCCAGCAGAUUCGCGGCCUGACCCCGUCGUUCUACGAAGACAAAUAUCAGAACAAUUGGGGCGCGUGAUGAAUGCGCGAGAGUCUGCCUACGCGGAAGCAUGUCGCCUCUACGAUGUGGUUGAUCGCCACUUUGACCGCCUUGGGAGCAUCAAAUCCAAGUUGAAUGCACUACUAAAGACUUGUACUGCAAUUUCCCGCGACGAGUCUGCCCCCCCUCUAGCCGAAUCAUCACUUGAAACAAAACGAGAAAGAAGUGGCCGUAAAGCUGGCGAGACACGCUCUACACAAAGGAUAACUUUGCAUAUCGAUGGAACCCGACAAGUUGUGGCUGGUUCGACCGUUAAUGAAACACGCCCACAAAAUGGAAAGCCACAGGGCGUAGCGACCCGAGGUCCUAACCAUGUUCUGCGAAAUCCGGACUCACCUAUUGCCAGCACGGAGCAAUCAGACGAUGAUCUUGGGCCCAGCUCGUCGCAUGCUGCCGAAGCCGCCCGGUCGCUCGACACAUCCAAGAACAAAGGAAAGUCGAAAAAGCAGAAACGUGUGAUCAGCCGUCACAUCUCUCAGCCGUCGGAUUCUAGUGGGAAUGCGGAGAUAAGUCAAAUCGAUACCUCUACUAGCAAUGCUUUGGCAAUGCUAAAACCUCCCCCGGACGAUGCAAAAAUCGGGAGCGAACAUUUCCCAUGGCUCCGUUUGACUGAAUGGGAAAUGACCAAGCUUCGAAAGAAGAUGAAGAAGAACAAUAUUUGGCAACCUAGUGAAAUUAUGAUCCACCGAGAACUUGCGCUGCGUGGUCGAGGAUGGGAAGGCUACAGAGCAGCCAAGCUGAACGCUGAAGCAACCGGCGCUGAGUUUGUAGACUGCGACGACAUAACGAACAAUUAUGUUCCAGGAAAACUUGUCCGAAAAAGCGAAGUAAACGCGGAUGUUUCGCGGGUGGAAGAAACCAAACUAAGUAACCGAGGUAUGAAACUUAACGAGGCGAAGAAGCUGAAACGCGAAAACCUUGCACGGGAACAGGCAGCUCUCGCUGCGGCCGAAGCGGAGAUGGCGGCGAGACGACUCGGGGACAUCGGGUCUACAUUUAAAAGCUUGUUUCCAAGCCCUGCUGAGCAGAAUCUUUACAAUAACGUUCAAUCUGGACUUUUAGGUACAUCUUUCAAAGCUAACGGUCCUGCAGUGAAAGCUAGGCCAAAGGUAUCAAAGCAGACCAUGAAGAAGAGAAAAUUUGAGGAGACGGCCGUUUUAGAAUCAUCACAAGAUGUUGAAUCUCCCGCUCCUAUCUCCUUAGCCACAGUCAGGCCAUCAACUAAAAAGCGCAAGCUUAGCAAGUCUGCUUCUACAAGUGCCGUGAACACAGCUGGAGAUGAAUUUUUAGUGGAAAGUGCAUCGAUGGGUAUAGGCCCUCGAACUUCUCCUUUUGUUGGCCCAUCCGCUAUCUCGAAACGGUCACCGCGUGCUUUAUCUCCGGCUAAAUUGCGUCGAACAACAGGUUCCGUGGCUGCCAGGAUCCUUCCCACCCCCACACCGCCUGCUACUCGAGCAGGCUCUCGACCACGUUCCGCCACUGGAGCCUCUGGAGAAUCGAUUGGCCGAGAUCGACCUCGAAGGAAGAGCGCAACCCCAGCAGUGGCCAAGGCCACACCUGGAGCGGAUCAACCCGCCGGUACAACCGCAGCUGGUCGCCGUAGCAAGGCGCCCUGCGCCAGGACCCGUAACAUCUGGUCAGGAUGGCGGCGCUGCCGUAAGUGUAGGCCGUCGCAAGGCCAAACCAGUGAAGAAAAGGAAGGAUCAGACCAUGGCUCCCAGGACCGAGGAUAUACGGAUGGAUGAGGAUGGCUUCCUGGAAGAAAUCGACCCGAACGAACCAAGAUACUGUCUCUGUGGAGACGUGAGUUUCGGUACCAUGAUCUGCUGCGAGGAUAAUGAUUGCGACAAAGAAUGGUUCCAUCUCGACUGUGUCGGCCUCUCAGAAGUUCCAAGUCGGACGGCGAAGUGGUACUGCCCAGAAUGUCGGAAAAAGCUUGGGAAAGCAUUAACGGACGGCAUAGUUCGAACUGGCGGUGGACGGCGAUGCCCAUAGACGGUAUUAUCACGUGUUAAACAUAAUAUUAACCAUAUAACGGUUGAUGUACACUAAUGAGUGACGACAGGACUGGAAUCAGACAAAUGGAGGGCAGGCAGCCCAGGCGCUACCUAGGUAGGUACUUCUAUAAAGUUAAUUUCAUAUACGGCGUCAGGAUGAAAUAAUUUUGUACCAUUCUGCGUUCUACUGAUAUGGCGAAAAUAAGGGAACCGGGAGGCAUCAGAUUCUAAGUCGGAUAUUUCCAAGGUUCUAGAUAGGUGUUAUUUAUGUUUCUGCGGUUACCUUUUCUGUACUUCCCAUUUCCCCGACGUUGCCUUUGCUUCCGCUAGAGAUUGUAUAUUAUCAUUGUUUUGCCAAUUUUCUCACCCAACGACUAUCAAGGGGCACAGCGGCUUCUGGAAGCAUUCCGCUAGCAUAUUGAUUGAUUCUCGUCUUUUUUUUUUUAAUUUAAUUUAAUAUGUUAUGUAUUUUGUAA